CAAAAAUGAUUUUAUUUUCUAACAUAUUUUCAUUUUUCAUAGCCCCUCUUCUCCCCCCUUUUUCUCUCUCUAGUUCUUCGAUCUGCGACUUUGAAUUAAUUUGGGGGAGAGAAAGUUUGGGACAUCAGAUCUCAUUUCUCCUUGAGAAGUGUAAUUUAUGCAGAAUUGAAGGAUUCUUGGAAUUUGCGGAUUUUGAUCAUAGAAUUUGGGGCAUUUACGUCGAAUUAAGUCUGGUAAAGUAGGAAUAAUGAAGAACUUCGAACGUUUUGCGAAUCUGGCCCUUGCAGGAUUGUCUUUGGCGCCACUUGUUGUGAAGGUGAAUCCAAAUGUAAACGUGAUAUUAACAGCUUGUCUUUCUGUUUAUGUUGGCUGUUACCGGUCAGUCAAGGACACUCCGCCAACUGAGACAAUGUCCAAUGAACACGCUAUGAGAUUUCCAUUGGUUGGGAGUGCCAUGCUGUUAUCUCUGUUUUUACUUUUCAAGUUCUUUUCAAAGGACUUGGUCAAUGCCGUGCUGACAUGUUAUUUCUUUCUUCUUGGAAUAUUAGCCUUUUCUGCAACAUUGUUACCUGCAAUUAAGCGUUUCCUGCCAAAUCAGUGGAAUGAAAAUGUUAUUAUGUGGCGCUUUCCUUACUUCCGCUCUUUGGAGAUUGAGUUCACAAAGUCUCAGGUGGUUGCUGCGAUUCCUGGAUUCUUCUUUUGUGUAUGGUAUGCUGCAAAGAAGCAUUGGCUUGCCAACAAUAUCUUGGGUCUGGCAUUCUGCAUUCAGGGAAUUGAAAUGCUUUCACUUGGCUCUUUCAAGACUGGUGCCAUUCUCUUGGGUGGACUAUUUCUGUAUGAUAUCUUCUGGGUGUUCUUUACUCCAGUUAUGGUUAGUGUAGCCAAGUCCUUCGAUGCACCUAUAAAGCUUUUGUUUCCCACAGGAGAUGCCGCGAGACCAUUUUCCAUGUUGGGAUUAGGAGAUAUCGUUAUUCCUGGCAUCUUUGUUGCACUUGCAUUACGGUUUGACGUUUCUAGAGGGAAAGAAAGCCAAUACUUCAAGAGUGCUUUCAUCGGAUACGCAGCUGGAGUGGUCCUUACAAUUGUUGUGAUGAAUUGGUUUCAAGCUGCACAGCCUGCACUUCUUUAUAUCGUACCCGCGGUCAUUGGAUUUUUGGCGGUACAUGUGACGUGGAACGGUGACGUUAAACCGUUGAUGGAAUUUGACGAGGCAAAGUCAGCCGAGGAAACGUCAUCUAAAGAUGACAACGACUCUGCAUCAAUUAAGAAAGAGGAAUAGAACAACAGUCUUUACCACAACAAACAGCUAGAUUGUAGCGCGCUCCUGGAUUAUAUACGGUAGUAGUAUGUUGUUUCAUUAGGGGCCGGAAUUUUCUCAAAACUCUUUCGGGGCCUUUUUCUAACUUUAGAUCGAACCUUCACACAGUAAUAUCAUCAUCCCUUGUAAAAGAUUUUGAUGGAAUUGUGGAUAAUGUAUGUCAUUAUCGUUAGCCCCCUCCCAUAGUAUGAAACAGAGCUCUUUUUUCCUA